AUCCAUUAUGACAAUUGUGAUGAAAGGCUUGAAAAAAGCUGCACACACAAAACAAGCUGGGAUGCAACUAAACUAAACAUGUGAGUUGAUUUAGAGACUUGCCCAAGCAAACAUUUCGACGACGGAGGAUUGAUCAGCAUGACUGGUACGCUGCACGAUUCCCACAGGCUUUCAGUGAAAACAUGGACAGAGGAAGAGAGUGAUCGUGCUGACAGCAUACUUAGCAGAGGACAAUCGAUAUGUGAUGACACUUCUUCAGAGCUGCAGAGAAUGGCAGCCAUUGAAAGGAAUUCCCAGAGUUCCUUUCGAGGCAGAGGAGCGCUGUCCAGAAUAGUGAGUAUGGUGAUGACUCUGAGGGAAUGGGCCCAGAAGAGUCUGGCCGAGGAGACAGAGCGACCCGAUUCCUUUUUGGAGCGCUUCAGGGGUCCGGCCAACAUGGACAUGCAGGCCCCGCCCAGCAGGUUCAGCCACAGCCACACUGGUUCUGAUACAGGAAAUGAAAUUCGAUGCUCCCAGCGCAAGAGGAGGAAGAAGUGGAAAGUUGUGGUUUUAUCCCCAUCUGAUGAUGCCUACUACAACUGGCUGAUAGUGGUUGGGGCAGCAGUUUUUUAUAACUUCACCCUAUUAGUUGUAAGGGCCUGUUUUGAUGAGCUUCAGAUGAAAAAUAUUCUGGUAUGGCUAGUGCUAGACUACAUCUGUGAUGGAGUCUACAUACUGGAUAUAGCUGUUCGUCUCCACACAGGGUUUUUGGAUCAAGGCUUGUUGGUGAAAGAUGUGCGUCGUCUGAGAGAAACCUACAUCCGAACAUUACAGUGUACACUGGAUGUCUGCUCCAUCCUCCCUACGGAUCUCCUGUACCUCAUAGCUGGAAUGAGCUACACUCCUCUUCUACGGUUCAACCGGCUGCUGCGGCUGCCACGCCUGUUCGAGUUCUUCGAACGAACAGAAACACGAACGAGCUAUCCAAAUACAUUCCGCAUCUGCAAGUUAGUCCUCUACAUCCUGGUUAUCAUCCACUGGAAUGCCUGUGGGUACUACAGUUUCUCCAAAGUCCUGGGUCUGGGCUCCGACUCAUGGGUUUAUCCAAAUUCUUCUGACCCUGAGUUUGGAUCCCUAGCCAGAAGCUAUAUAUACUGUCUGUACUGGUCGACUCUGACACUCACCACCAUUGGUGAGACCCCUCCUCCUGUCAGAGAUGAGGAAUAUCUGUUCUUGAUAUUUGACUUUCUGAUUGGUGUUCUGAUAUUUGCCUCCAUUGUUGGCAAUGUUGGAUCCAUGAUCUCCAACAUGAAUGCAACACGAGCUGGCUUUCAAAACCGCGUAGAUGCCCUCAAACACUAUAUGCACUUCAGACAUGUCAGCAAGGUCCUGGAGCAGCGUGUCAUUCGCUGGUUUGACUACCUCUGGACUAAUCAGAAGACGAUAGAUGAACAAGAAGUGCUGAGAAGCUUGCCAAAUAAACUGCGCGCAGAGAUCGCAAUUAAUGUUCAUCUGGACACACUGAAGAAGGUGCGUAUUUUCCAGGAUUGUGAGGCAGGUCUCCUCGUAGAGUUGGUGUUAAAACUUCGACCCCAGGUUUUCAGUCCUGGUGACUACAUCUGCAGAAAGGGUGAUGUGGGUAAGGAGAUGUACAUCAUUAAAGAGGGCCACCUGGCAGUGGUGGGGGAUGACAGAGUCACCCAGUUUGCUGUCCUGACCGCAGGAAGCUGCUUUGGAGAAAUCAGCAUCCUAAACAUCAGCGGCAGCAAGAUGGGGAACAGACGCACCGCUAACAUAAGGAGUCUGGGCUACUCAGACCUCUUCUGCCUUUCCAAACAAGACCUGAUGGAGGCACUUCAAGAGUUCCCCCACGCCAGGUCCCAGCUGGAGCAGAGGGGGAGGGACAUCCUUCAGAAGGAGGGUCUUUUGGAGGAGGUCAGCGUGUCUGCUGGAGAAGAACUGGAGGAGAAGCUGGAGAGGAUGGAGUCCGGUCUGGAUCGUCUGCAGACAAGUUUCGCGCGCCUGCAGAGCGAGUUCAACUCUUCCCAGCUUCGACUGAAAAAGAGAAUCACAGACCUUGAACACAACAUCACCACAGCAACCAACGGCAGCGGCUUCCUGUCAGACCCUGACGGCACUGAGAGCAUCUCUGGCUGUGACUUUGUACGAUCUGAAAUCAACAUCCGACUCUGAAUACUCAUUUUACACAACUGACACAACAUACAGUUAUUUUUUAUUUUCGAUAAUUUUUUAUAUAGACUUAUCUCGACAUACAGUAUUUUAUUAAAUUAUUUGUAAUACUUGAGCUUUUCCAGAUCUUCUAAUAUUUUCAACCACAACUUUACGUUUUUUUGUGACAGACACACAGUCCAAAAUUGUAAAGUGGAAGGAAAAUGAUAUAUGGUUUCUACCAGUUUUGUACAAAUAAAAAAAGUAUGACAAGCAUUUGGAUUUAGCUCCCCUGAGUCGACAUCUUCCGGAAGCAACUGCAAAAAUUUUGGGCUAUGUCUCCAACAGCAUUUCACAUUUAGAGACUUAAAUGGUUCUUUGCAAAAUGGGUGAAGCUCAGUCAGAUUGGAUGGAGAGCUCUGGUGAUCAGUUAUUUUCAAGUCAUUCUUCUGGCGAAUUUAUCACAUGAAUAUGCUUUGAUCUAAAGGAUUCCACUCUAGCUCUGGAUGUGUGUUUAGGAUUGUUGUCCUGUUGGAAGGUGAACCUUUGCCCACUCUCAAGUAUGUUGCAGCAUCUAACAGCUUUUCUUCCAGGGUUGCCCUUAUUAAGCACCAUUCAUCUUAUCAACUUUGUCCUGUUUAAACGUCUCUGAUGUAGAAAAGUAUCCCCACAGCAUGAUGCCAUAACCACCAUUUUUUACCAUGUGGAAGGUUAUAUUCCAGGUGAUGUGCAGCUUUACUUUUCCGCUACACGUAACCUUUUCCAUGUAGGUCAAAAAGCUCAGAUUUGGUCUCAGCUAACCAUAAUACAUUGUUCCUCAUCUUUACUGUGUCCCCUAAACAUGACUUCUUGCAGCUUUCAGCCGUAGAUCGCGUGGCCCACAUGUAUAGAGGCUUCUGCCCUCAGCGCAGCUGUCCCCUGGUUUGAGUCCUGACCACAGCGACCUGUACUGCAUGUCUUCCUCCUUUCUUUACCCUAUUUCCUGCCUACUUACUUUCAAAGAAAAAUGACAAAAUAAAGGCCAAUAAUGCUGCAAAACAAAUAUAAAAAAGAACAAUCUCUUUCUUCUGACAGCUCUUCCAUAAAGGUCAGGUUUCUGGAGUGUGUGACUUAUAGUUGCCCUGUCAAUAGAUUAUCCCACCUGAGCAAGAACUCUGCAGCUCCUCCAGAGUUACCAUGGGCCUCUUGGCUGCUAUUCUAAUUUCUGCUCGCCUCACCCUGUCUGUAAGUUUGUGUUUACAGUCAUGUAUGGGUUGGUCUUCAUGAUGCUGUUUGGUCACUAAAGUUCUCUAUCAAAGUUCUGAGACCUUCACAGAACAGCUGGGAUUAAAUUACACUAAGGCAGACUCUAUUUAGUAAUUAGGUGGCUUGUGGAGGUAAGUGGAUGUUUUUAUUCAGGGGUAUCAGAAUAAAUGGGAGUGAUUAUAAAUACGCACCAGACUUUUCACAUUUUUAUUAGCAAAAAAAAAAAAUAAAAAAAAAUCAUGUACCAUUUUCCUUUUCCUUUACAGCUGUGUUUCUGUAUGACAUGAAUCACAAUAGAAUAAAUUGAGGUCUGUGGUUGUAAAUAAAAUGUGGAAAGUUUAAGGGCUAUAAAUCUUUUCUUCCUGAUAUUCUACCAUUCAGGAUUAAACAAAUGCGUAGAUAAAAUUGUAAUACAUAGUAACAUAUAACAUGAAUAGAUUUAGUGAGAUAAUUUAUUGGAAAAGAAAAAAGAUUCCAUCAUGCUUUGAGCUUGAACCCCCAAUAAAUGAAAAUGUUUUAGUUAAUUAGUUGAUUGGUUAUUUUUUGUUAAGCUGUUUGAUGUUUUACUCUUUGGCAAUUGUUAAAGUCAUUAAUGGAUUAAUUGACUUGAAAAUCCCAUCUAAACUAUUUGUUUGUAGUUUAAGAUAUGUGAAUCUGUUUUAGCUGUAAAAAGAAAAGUCUGUGUGAAAAUGUCAGGUUUAAACAACUGAACAAUACGUAUAACAACACAAAAAGAAGAGAGAGACAAAGUAUUAGUUAUUUUACUCGCUUGCGAGGAGAGACGGUCAGAGUUGCUUUCAGUUACAAACUCUCCACCGCUCUCAAACCCAUCUAACCGCUCCCUCUUUUUAUUAUUGUCUUUCGGGGGUCCCUAGUUUACAAAAACAUUAAUCUCUAAAGGAUGGGAAAACAACAGCUGCAUCGUAAACAAGUCAUAAACAGCUUUAUCCAUUAACAACAUAU